ACUUCAAUCUAGGAAUAUAUUCAACAUGUGAAAUAUUCAGAGGCUGGAGGAACUGCCUGGAGCCAAGAUGCAGUGAGGGAGGAAGGACUGAUUUUCUCACAGUUCUGGGCUUUCAGCUUGCUGUAGUCAAAGCUAAAGAAAAGUGGAGUGUGACAAGGUGCCUAGAAAAAGGAUCACUGCCUACCAGGAGAUGAUUGCAGUCCUACCUUGCACAGCCAUUGCUGCCAUUCUAUUCAGGAGACGCUUCCUAAUGGUGCUGAUUUCAUGUUUAUUCUGGAAUACAUUUGGCUUUAGCACAGCUGUGGGCUCUAAACCCAACAUACUUUUGUUUCUGGCUGAUGAUCUCGGCAUUGGAGAUGUAGGAUGUUAUGGGAACAAUACCAUAAGGACCCCAAACAUUGACCGCCUGGCAAGAGAAGGAGUGAAGCUUACUCAGCACAUUGCUGCAGCUCCGCUCUGCACUCCAAGCAGAGCAGCUUUUCUCACUGGCAGAUACCCCAUCAGAUCAGGGAUGGCUUCCAGCAAUCAAUACCGAGCACUGCAGUGGAAUGCUGGGUCAGGAGGGCUCCCUGAAAAUGAAACAACUUUUGCCAGACUUCUACAGCAACAAGGCUAUACCACUGGGUUGAUAGGAAAGUGGCAUCAAGGUGUAAACUGUGAAUCCUUCAAUGAUCAUUGUCACCAUCCAUUAAAUCAUGGGUUUGACUACUUUUAUGGCAUGCCUUUUACACUUAUAAGCAACUGUCAAGAAAACAAGCCUCCAGAUAUGGAUGUAGCCCUUCAAGACAAGCUUUGGCUUUACAGUCAGAUAAUUGCCCUUGCUGUGCUUACUCUUGCUGCUGGAAGACUGACUGGUUUGGUUUCCAUCCGCUGGAAGAUAAUUGCCUGUUUCACGUUGGCAGGCUGCCUUUUCUUCAUUUCUUGGUACUCCAGUUAUGGCUUUGUGCAGCGUUGGAACUGCAUCCUAAUGAGGAACCAUGAUAUCACUGAGCAGCCAAUGAGAUUAGAGAGGACUGCUUCCCUCAUGCUGAAGGAGGCAAUGUCAUUUAUCAAAAGAAACAGACAUGGACCAUUCCUUCUCUUUGUUUCCUUUCUUCAUGUUCACACACCUCUCUACACCACAGUGAAAUUUCUUGGGAAAAGCCAUCACGGUUUGUAUGGAGACAAUGUAGAAGAAAUGGACUGGAUGGUGGGCAAAAUUUUAGAUUUGCUUGACAAGGAAGGUCUGAAAAAUCAUACAUUUACAUACUUUACCUCUGAUCAUGGAGGACACUUGGAAGCUCAGAAUGGUUCUACCCAGAUGGGUGGCUGGAAUGGCAUUUAUAAAGGUGGAAAAGGCAUGGGAGGUUGGGAAGGAGGGAUCCGUGUGCCAGGAAUAUUCAGGUGGCCAGGAGUGUUACCUGCAGGCAUUGUUAUCAAUGAACCUACGAGUCUGAUGGAUAUUUUUCCCACGGUUGUUCAUCUGGCUGGAGGAAUAUUGCCACAGGACAGGGUAAUCGACGGACGAAACUUGAUGCCUUUACUCCAAGGAAGAACUCAAAAGUCAGAGCAUAAGUUUCUCUUUCACUAUUGCGGAUCCUACUUGCAUGCAGUGCGAUGGCACCAAAAGGACAGUGGAGCUGUCUGGAAGGCUCAUUAUGUGACCCCAGUCUUUCAUCCACUCGGGGCUGGGGCUUGUUAUGGAAAAAGAAUUUGCCCAUGUUUUGGGGAAGGCGUGACCCAUCAUGACCCUCCACUGCUCUUUGACCUCUCACGAGACCCUUCUGAGUCCCAGCCUCUGUCAGCUGACACUGAGCCCCUCUUUGACACUGUAAUCGAGCGGAUUGGGAGAGCCACUGAAGAGCACCGCAGGACACUGACUGCAGUCCCACAGCAGCUCUCCAGGUACAACAUCAUCUGGAAGCCAUGGCUGCAGCCCUGUUGUGGGAUGUUCCCAUUCUGUUGGUGUGAUAAAGAAGGUGAAAACACACAGAGUUUGUGAGAUGGAUACUGCUAACAUGUCCUUUGGCGCUGAGUCCUUUGCUGACCAAGCGUUCAGAAAAUAAUCAUGUCCUUUGUCUUGCAAGCCAAGUGAAUGAAAAUAAAGUAAUUUUGAGUUGA